UCUCUUCUUUGAGAGAUUCUAGGACGAAAGGAGAUGAAGAGAUUACAAUCUACUACUCUUGGCGAUGUGGACGAGUUUUGAUUUUUGAAAACAUAAAAAAGAAAAGAGGAGGCCGUUGAAGAAUGCUCUAUAUCAUCUAUUUAUUACUCGUAACGGCUACUUGUGUAAUAAAAUAAUAUUCAAAACCAUUCAAAUUAAAUCUAACAGUUAAGGAUUUCCACACAUUAUUUCGAUACGAAAUCAGUCAAGAAUCAAAUGCUGAGAUGGACCAAAUGGGCACACAAAAUCUGGAAUAAGACACUUCUAUUUCUAAUUCUUUAAUGAAUUAACUAGAUAUUGACCCGCGCUUAAAAGCGCGGACUAUUUUUCUGAUAAAAUAUAUGAUAUGAAUUAGUAUUUUAGUCUUGUUAUCCAUUAUUAUGUGACAAAAUUGUAUUAUAUCAAAAAAUAAAAUUAUUAUUUUUAUUUAGUUAGUUAAUGUUAUUAUAUUUUUAAUCGUUUGAUUUUUUUUUAAACAUUAUAAGGUUUGAUCAGACUCAAUGUCUAUUAUUUUAAAUUAGAUGAGAACAAUACUUUUAUAUCGAAUUUGGAUAUGUGGUCAAACCGGUAAACAUGAUGACUUGUACAUAAACUGGUUUGAAUUAAUGAAAACUCGUAAAUUUAAAGCAUGUAAACUUCGAAAAAAUUCGCAAUCAAGUGUGACCGACAUUUCGUUGACCUGGUAGAAAAAAUAAAUAAUCUUCAAUAAUAUUUUAAGAGAUGAAUGAAACUUCUAAUAUAUUUUUAAAUUUAUGAUUUUUUAUUAACUUAAGUGUUUAAAAUUUAUAUUUAAUUAGUUGUUUUAUAUGAAAUAUUUGGUUUGAUAUAAAUAUAGGAUAUUUUGCACUUCUAGUAAGAUUAUAUAUAAAUUGUACAAAAUUCAGCUAAUAUUAUAUAUACAUUGUAUAUACAUUAUUUAAAUUUCAUCAUCAAUUUUCAUUAAUAAUAAUUGGGUUUACAUGAUAUGAAUUUGUAGCUGGUAAAAUAGGUUAGCAAUUAUCAAUAAUGCAUUAUUUUAGAAUACUACUGAAUCUAUAUGUAAAAAAGAAUGACUAUAUAUUCAUGUAAGUUUGUAAAAAAAGAAUAUUUCAGAUGUUAUAAAUCGUGCUCAAACACUUGUCUACAAACUUAUACAAAUAUAUAUGUUAUGAUAAAGGUUGUCUUAGAAACCUAUGUUUUAUACAACAACAUAGAAUUCAAUAAUAACAUUUCUAUUAUUAUGUAGUACUAUAUUAGAAUGCAAAAUUGGUUUGUGAAAUUUUCAUAUUCAAAGAAUACGAUAAAAAAAAUUUACGGAAAGUUUAAUUUGAUAAAAUAUUACCGAAUUCAUAGAGUCUAUUUUUAUAUUCAUAAAUAUCAUUUUAUAUUCAGUUUCCUAAACAAUGAGAAGUAAUAAAUGAUUUCAUUAAAAAUAUUAUAUAGUUAGAGAAAAAUAAGGUGAGACCAAAAAAAUAGUUAAGUCUAAUGAAAGGGUCCAACAAAUUUUCAUAGGUAGAUUUUUUAAAACUCCUUCCCUUUUAAUAGUAUAGAUAAUAAAUCGAAAUUCAGCUGAAAAUACCAGAAAACCUAAAAUUUCAACAUAUUUACAAACCCAACCACUCUACCCACCCAAUUACUAAUAACCCGACCCGACCCAUCUGUUUUCCCCUAAAUCCCUAAUUUUUUUUUCUUCGACGUAACCAAGAAACACAAAUACAAACACAAUCGACAAUCUCAAAUCACUAUCUCCCUCAAUCUCCCCUCACUAAUCAAACUCUGUAACAAUCAUCUUGAAGUUGGUCCCUUGAAUCUCAUCUAUUUCUCUAUUUCGUGUCACUCAUUGAAAAACUAUGGCUCCUAAGACUCGCUUCGCCGGAAAAACAAACAAGGAAGGUGCGCCGGAGAAGAAGAAGAAGAACGAGUCUGCGGCGGAGAAGAAGAAAGCUGCGGCGGAGAAGAAGAAAGCUGCGGCGGUGAAGAGGAGGAGAGAAGCCGUGAAAAAAAAAAGAGAUGCAGCAAAGAAGAAGACUGAAACCGCAGAAAAGAAGAGGAAGCAAGACUCGUCUUCGUCGGAGUCUUCAUCCAAUCCAACCAAGCGGCGUCGGACCGCAUCUUCACCAGAACAACAUUCCGAUCCCGAUCAUUCCCCGGCACCAUCAGCGGAAUUGCUUUCUCAGGAUGAUAGAGAGGGUACGCCAAGCCCAUCAUUUCCGAUUGAGCCACAAAAACACCUACUCAAACACCCAGUGAGGCGGAGAAUCCACUGCAAACUCCAAUAACUUCUAACAACAGAGAGGAUCCCAACAGAGAGUCACACUCACCAGAGGCUGCCAUUAACAAUGAAGCGCAAAGAACGAUUGGAUCUAACAACAGUGAUUCAAACCCACCUGAGGCUGCCAUUGGAUCUGCUACCAUUGACAAUGACACGCCAAGAACGGCUGGGGAGGAGAAUAUGGCCGUAGAACCAAUGAGACCUGUUGGUUUUUUCUUCAAGCCGAGUGCUUAUUGGACGGCUUGCAAGCUCUCCUCAAGGUGCCACCAACACGAUUUUCUGGAGACGAUUAAAGACUUUAAGGAGUCAGAGAAGAGUUGGUUUGAGAAUCACCCUCAGUUCAAGCAUUUAUUCCACAUGGAUUGUUGCGAGAAAAGAAAGGUUCAGGGAUUGUGGAUGUUGCUACUUCGUUGUAUGCAUACAGGAAAGGAGGGACAAGCUUGGUUUGGGGUAAACGGUGUUCCAAUUAGAUACUCUAUCAGGGAACAUGCCCUCCUCUCUGGUUUAUACUGCGGAUCAUACCCUGAAAACUAUCCGAGAAAAGGGAAGAUGAAGUUUGCAACAAAGCAUUUUAAGCACUUGCAGAAGAAGACUAAGGAGAAGAAUAGGAAGAAACAGGGUCUGAGAGUGACAGAAGCGGAUGUCUUAGAGAAGCUUGAGAAGAUGGAAGCUGAUGAUAGUAGUGAUGAGCGUCUGAAGAUGGCGGUUCUUUAUUUUUUGACCAGAGUAAUAAGAGGAAGGAAAAGAAAUGCAUACUUCAUUGAGCCUUUCAUUCUCCAGGCAGUAGAUGAUCUGGAUUUUUGCAACAAGUUUCCAUAGGGCCGUUACACAUUUGAUGAUUGCAUGAAUGAGGGAUCAUUUCGCUAAAGGGCUCCCAGAGAAUAAUAUGCAGUGGACAUUUCCUGGGUUUGUCAUCCCUUUGGAGAUAUUGGCUUUUGAAUGUAUCCCUGUCCUUAGGGAAAGUUUCAGAGAUCCUGAUCCAAACUGUCUCCCAGAUUGCCCAAGAAUGUGCAAAUGGAAGUACAAGAGGACUGGGACAACAGGAUUUACAUUAGAAGAGAUUUAUAAGGCGCUUGGAAACACAAAGGUGAUUUCAAGUACGCUGAAACCACAGGGAGAUGAACUAGACCUCUUGUAUGAAAUCAUGGAUGAAGGGAGUGUGGAAGACGUGGAGCUGCAAAAUGAUUCAUAUAAGGCAGACAUAGCCGUUGACGGUUGGAACCGGAUCCUUAUAGAACCGGAAGGAAAAAUAUUUUGGGAGGAUCUAUUCGAGAUGGAUGUGAGAACCCGGCCUACCACACAGCAACAAUCUGAGCCUCAUGGUAUAUUCGAAGGACAGGAGGAAGAAAGGGUGUGUGAGGAACCCGAGGCAGGGGGCGAGGCAGGCCGUGAGAGUGUAAAAGAGUUGGAAUUGAGAUUGAACAAGACAAUGGAUGACGGAUUUGCAUUGAGGGACGAAACAAUUCGUCUCUUGGCAGCACGAGUAAAGGAGUUGGAACAAGACAAGAUUCAAAGAGAAAAUUGGUCAUUCCAAUUUGGUGAUUAUGAAACAUGUGAGGCUUCAGGAGGCAAAGGAAGAGAUAAUAUGGGCAAUGGCAAUGAGGAUGGUGAGGCAGUGGCCGAGAAGGAUGGUGAGAAACAGGUCGAAGAAGAGGCUGAGAAGAAUGGCACGAAAGAGGCUGAGAAAGAUGGCGCGAAGAGGCUGAGAAGGAUGGCCCGAAAGAGGCUGAGACAACACCUGAAGAUGCUGAGGGUGAAGAAGAAGCUGAUAAGGAUGGUAAGAAUAGCGAGUCAGAUGCCAUCACUGCAGCUGUACACACUCCUCUUCCUACUGAGACAACACCUGAAGAUGCUGAGGGUGAGGAAGAGGCUGCGAAAGAGGCUUAUGAGGUCGCUGGCAAUGAGGAUGAAGUAGGUCAGAAGGAGGGCGAGACAGAGGCUGACAAGGAGGGUGAAACUGAGGAAGGCAAGACAGAUGUGGAGGACUCGCCAUCUACUCUUCAAGUGAUGGCAGAAGCUGCGGAGAAACUCGAGAAAGAGGUUGAUGAUAAGGCUGCUGCAGAGAAGGCUGCUGAUGAGUUAGCUGCUGCUGAAAAGGCAGCUAGUGAUAAGGAAAAAGUUGGUGAUGAGGAGGAGACCAGGCCAAAGAGGACCCAUAAACCUUCUCGUCCGCUCAGGUCUCCGUAUCAGAAAAACUAAUAGCUAUUUGGAAUAGCUUUUAAGAACUAAAACUUAUGUUCCAACUAAAACUUAUGACUUAUGUUUCUUUUGAUGCUAAAACUUAUGACUUAUGUUUCUUUUGUGUUAUAAAACUUAUGACUUAUGUGGAUGUUGUGUUAAAACUUAUGAUAUAUGUUUCUGUUCCUGUUUCUAUUGUAUUAGGACCGUUGUAUUAUGCUAAAACAUGUAUUAUGGAAUCACUAAUACAAGUAUGACAAUCCAAUAACAUUUAAGAAUGGUACAACUAGUACAACUACGUAAUGACAUUAGUUUUACAUAGUUCAAAAUAACGUGUUGCAAAUUUAAAAUGUGUUGAACAUUUAAAACGUGAUACACAUUUAAAAUGUUGUAGUUUCACAUAGUUGUACUAGUUUAUUAGUUGUACCAGUUUGUACAUAGUUAUACUUUGGCAGUGAAAUCGAAAAAAAUAUUAGUUGUACCAUAUAAAAAAUACAUUUACCUUAGUUGUACCACUGUUGUAUGUUUACAUAUGCUUGCCCGGAUACAAUGAAAUCAUCACUAUUGUGAAAAUAAUUGUCAUGUAUGUUUUGAAAAAAAUAAGUGGACAAACAAGUUAACAAACCUUAAAAGUAUAAGGUAGAUCAAACAAACUUUUGUGAUGGAGUUAGAAAUCUAAAAAAAAAAAACACAAUACAAAACACAAAGAAACCUUUCCAAACACUUAAAAAUUAGACUAUUUGAUUGGUUUUUUAAUAGGGAACACCCAAAAGAAUAUUUA